AAGAGGCUCAGAAGAUUGAUCACAUGAUGGAGGCCUUCGCUUCCCGCUACUGUCUGUGCAACCCAGGCAUCUUCCAGUCCACAGACACAUGUUAUGUGCUGUCAUUUGCCAUCAUCAUGCUCAACACCAGCCUGCACAACCACAACGUGCGUGACAAGCCCACUGUGGAGCGGUUCAUCACCAUGAACCGUGGCAUCAAUGAAGGGGGGGACCUCCCUGAGGAACUGCUGAGGAACUUAUAUGAAAGUAUCAAAAAAGAACCAUUUAAAAUCCCAGAGGAUGAUGUAAACAUUGUCUGUUUUCUCUCUGUCUCACCUCAAAGCUCCUAG